AUAACUAAUGCCAGAAAGUUUAAACUAUAAGGACAUAGUACAUUUUAAGAAACUAUUUAAAUUAACGACAAAGCAACCAACAUAAAUCAUGAAUUUAGAACUGCUUGAAUCAUUUGGUCAAAACUAUCCAGAGGAAUUUGAUGGUACCCUAGACUCGAUAUCGUUAGCUGCAACCUGCGCAUUCAACCGCCGUGGCACAUUGCUGGCAGUAGGCUGCAACGACGGUCGUAUCUUCAUAUGGGACUUUCUCACACGGGGUAUUGCUAAGUCUAUAUCCGCACAUGUGUACCCUGUGUGCAGUCUCAGCUGGUCUAGAAAUUGUAAAAAACUUUUGUCAGCAUCAACAGACCACAAUGUUUGCAUAUGGGAUGUGUUAACUGGGGAAUGUGAACAACGGUACAGAUUUCCUACACCAAUACUUCGCGUGCAAUUUGAUCCGCGUAAUGAUAGAAGAUUUCUAGUCUGUCCCAUGAGGCAUGCUGCAUUACUAGUUGACACAGACGGUGACCAUAAGAUAUUGCCUAUUGAUGAAGAUGGCGACAUAAAUGUGAUAGCGUCGUUCGACCGGCGUGGAGACCACGUGUACACGGGCAAUGCAAAAGGAAAGAUAUUAAUUCUAGAUUCGCAAAUGUUACAAGUUAAGGCCAGCUUCAAAAUUACAGUGGGCACUUCAAGCACUACUAGCAUUAAGAGUAUUGAGUUCGCCAGAAGAGGCGACUGUUUUUUAGUAAACACGUCUGAUCGAGUGAUUAGAGUGUACAACACUAAAACUGUACUUAAGUGUGGCAUCAAUGGAGAGCCUGAACCUAUUCAGAAGCUGCAAGAUCUGGUCAAUAAGACAACAUGGAAGAAAUGUUGUUUUUCGGGAGACGGCGAAUACAUAUGUGCGGGAUCUGCGCGGCAGCACGCAUUGUACAUCUGGGAAAAAUCUAUUGGCAACAUCGUGAAGAUCCUGCACGGAACCAAGGGGGAGCUGUUAUUGGAUGUCGUCUGGCAUCCAAUCAGACCUAUAAUUGCCAGUAUUAGUGCCGGUGUAGUAUCUAUAUGGGCGCAGAACCAAGUGGAGAACUGGUCAGCGUUCGCGCCCGACUUUAAAGAACUCGAUGAGAACGUUGAAUACGAGGAGAGGGAGAGCGAGUUCGAUGUUGAAGACGAGGAUAGGUCGGUCGAUCAGACUGGGGAGAGCCAUAACGACGAGGAAGUAGAGGUGGACGUGACGACUUGCGAGCCGGUGGCAGCGUUCUGCAGUUCUGAUGAGGAAGGGGAAGAUGAAAACGUGCUGCUUUUCCUGCCUAUUGCUCCAGAGAUUGAGGAUCCAGAGGACGGCUGGGCAGCCACCCAGGAAACGGUGACGCCCACGGAGACCCCGGAGAAACUCGAGCCAGCCGCCAAAAGACCAAAAAGCAAGACAUACGAAAUCUCAUUGAAGAUCGCACCACCUGGUAAUUUAACCUAGUAUAAUGAACUUCGUUUAUUAAACCUAAAGGGUAAUUCCAUAGCGCAUGUAACACCUGUUAUUUUAACUAAAGGUUGCAUUUAGACAUUCUGCCGGCUAAUUGAGUAAUGCGACAGAUUCUGUCUUUCAGGUUCAGUUACUAUUUAAACCCCUGUUUCUACUAAUUGUUUGUCAAAAUAAAAACUCACCAUUUCUUUAUAAUCUGAAAAGUUUUUAACAAUUUU